CUGCGCGACCAACUUCACGUCGCUGUGGUGCUUCGCUAUAGUUGUUCUUCCAACCACCAAAGUCAACAUAUACUGUGUAUGCAUAUUCGCAGUCUUGUCUUGCUACACUGAACCAUCACUCUCGCAAAUAUCUCUGUCGUCCUCGCCUGUACCGUCUCCGCACUCCUCCGCUCCCAACGAUUUCAUCCGCUGCUACUUGCGCGCAGUGUUCGCGCCAGACUGACCAUCGGUCACGUCACCUUACAUUGCCCACCAGAUCACGGAAAAAAACGUCGGUCGCACUACGGAACAUACAAACGCUGCGCUGGCUAUCCUCUGACGCUACAUAAACUGGUUGAUUAAAGCUGCGUGCGUUUCCCAGACACCAAAGCGUUCAGGCCAGGUCGAAAGAUCGUUAUACAGGCAAUGGCGCGCUCAGUUGUGGGUAGAGCUGUGGUGGUGCGCGAGAAAUACUACUGGCCCGACAUCCAGUUGAAUGUGUGGACAAUAGUCAUGUUGGCUACGGCAGGAACCAUACUCGGAGUGAAUGCAUCAUUCUGGCAGAUACAGAACCAAAUGAAUUUAGGGGUACCUUGGAUAUUUCCAUAUGGUAUCACAGUUGGAGCCCUGACCGUCAUCUUCAUACUCAUUGAACUCGUUCUCAUCGCCCAACGUCGACUCUUGCCCGGUAUCAUGAUGCUCUUAUCAUUCGUAUUGCUUGUCCUAUUCAUCACGGGUAUCAUCGGCACGGGUAUUCAACUCUUUGGAUCGAACUCUAAUGUCAAUAAUCUCUGCUCGACGUAUGUGGACAACAUGAAUGUAAUGGGGGUCAGUUCGAAUACACUGGCAUGGCUCGAGCAGAACAGCAUUUGUUCGUCCUGGAAAGCCGUGUUUUCCUUUUGGAUAGUUGGGACUGUCUUCUUGGUAUGGAUGAUAGUCAUGGCUAUGCAAGUCAGUCGUAAUCAGUUUGAUAACUAUUGAGAGUUGUCCUCAUGAUGUACUAUUUUGGCGCUGUCACAUGAUUUCUGUUUUUACAUCGGUAUGUAAAGGAUACGUCGGAGCGUGUUGCUUGAAUAAAUCCCCUCGUCCUUCUGCUGCGAUGAAUCGAUCAAGGCGUCUGGAGGAUAAGUGCAUCGUCGGGAGUAAAAAUUCGAUUUACAACUUGUUUCAAUUUCCACGGAGGAGUUAUGGGAUCGAGAGAAAUGAGUUACCAUUGUCAAGGAAUAGGAAGUCUAGAGCUUGUGAUCCUUCUACUAGACCAAGAAAUCAAUUUGUACGUUUUUCAAGUAUAACUAUCCUAGAUAGGGAGAUGAGUUUUCUAGAAAAUUCAUAAGAAAUAUCGUCAUGCAUAGUAUAGUUAUACAUAUUAGAACUAGAGCUAGAUGAAAAUACGUAAUAGAAGUCAAAGCC